CCCGCAUCGCAGUUGUUGUCGGUUUCAUUAUCAAUAUGAAUUGGAUAAGAAGAAUUUGAUUCCCAGCAUCGUAUGCACCAGUUCAUGUCCCCAGUAUCUAUUUCUCUCUGUUCGUCUCAAAAAUCGUUACUUUCAAACAUUCAACUCCUGCAUGCACUUCUCCAGAUUCCAUGAUGAUGAGCAAUUAUGGAGGCCAACGACUACUAGUGGUCGACUGUUGCUAUUGCCAGACCCAAAUCCAGCUGCCUUCUGUAAGUCCGAUAUACAUCGUCGGCACAUCCGUCCGCUGCGGCCGCUGCUAUGCCAGUACCCGCGUCGCCUCUCCGGGCUUCCCCCGCUCCCCUUAUAGUGCUGUACCCUACUAUGUCCCUAUAAACCCACCACCACACGCCGGCUUCUCCCACAGCUCACCAGGACCUCCGCCGAACGUGCACAGGCCGAAGAAGGCGGUGAUCUGCGGGAUAUCGUAUAGGUACUCGAGGCAUGAGCUCAAAGGUUGCAUCAAUGACGCCAAAAACAUGCGGUAUCUCCUCAUGAGCAAGUUCAAGUUUCCAGAAGAUUCCAUUUGCAUGCUCACUGAAGAAGAAACUCACCCAUAUAAGAUUCCAUAUAAAAACAACAUUAGAAUGGCAUUAGAUUGGCUUGUACAAGGAUGCCAACCAGGUGACUCCCUUGUGUUUCACUACUCUGGUCAUGGUUCACGGCAGUUGGAUUAUGAUGGUGAUGAAGUUGAUGGAUAUGAUGAAACCCUUUGUCCCCUUGACUUCGAAACCCAGGGUAUGAUUGAUGAUGAUGAGAUAAAUGCAGCAAUUGUUAGGCCCAUUCCACAUGGGGUCAAGCUUCAUGCAAUUAUAGAUUCUUGUCAUAGUGGCACCAUACUGGAUUUGCCAUUCCUUUGCAGAAUGAACAUGGGUGGAAUAUAUGUGUGGGAGGAUCAUCGCCCUCCAUCAGGCGUAUGGAAAGGAACAAGUGGUGGAGAAGUUAUAUCUAUCAGUGGUUGUGAUGACUAUCAAACGUCUGCGGAAACAUCAGCUCUAUCCAAGAUCACAUCAACAGGUGCCAUGACUUUCUGCUUUAUCCAAGCAAUCGAGCAUGGACAGGCAGCCACAUAUGGGUGCUUACUCAAUUCUAUGCGUAGUACCAUUCGAAGUAUGGGUUCUGCUGGUGGUGGUAGUGGUGGUGCUGUUACAUCUCUUGCCGGCAUGCUUCUAAUAGGUGGAAGUGUUGGUGGUGGUAGGCUAAGACAGGAGCCUCAAUUAACUGCCUGCGAGCCAUUCGAUGUGUACACGAAACCUUUUGCCCUAUGAUCUUUUAUCUGUCUACACAGAUCAACAUGCACUUCAUUAUAUCUCUAAAUAUGUAUUUUGGGCUUUAGUUAAUUGUGAAACAACUUGAUGAGUAAUAAAUUUAUGUUUGCCAUCGAUA